AUGGGGAGCAACUCAUUUCAAUUUAUCUUUCUCAUAUUGUUUUAUCAUCUUUUCUAUUUCACUUGCAUAGACUAUCACUUUGUUUGCUCUGCUGGCACCUCUAAAGUGAGCACUUGCAUUGAAACAGAGAAGAAAGCACUGCUUAAAUUUAAAGAAAAUCUUAGAGAUCAUUCAGGCAGGCUAUCUUCUUGGACUGAUCAAGAAAAUUGCUGUCAAUGGAUUGGUGUAAGUUGUGACGACAAGACAGGAAACGUGGUAAAGCUUGACCUGAGAAACACAUUUUCAACAAACAACGAAUUGGGAGGUGAGAUUAAUCCAUCUUUACUUGAUUUACAAAAAUUGACAUACUUAGACUUGAGCAUGAACGAUUUUGGAGGAAUUAAAGUACCUGAAUUCAUCGGUAACCUUGAAAAAUUGAGGUAUCUCAAUCUUUCUAGGGCAUCGUUUUCGGGUUCAGUAUCUCCAUUUCUCGGAAAUCUCUCAAAUUUGCAAGUUCUUGAUUUGAGUAUGUACUCUGAAAAUCCAGCUGAGAAUGAUCUUGAAUGGCUAAAAGGACUUUCUUUUCUUGAACAUUUAAAUUUGGGAGGUUCAGAUCUUAGCAAAGCCACUAAUUCUUGGCUUCAAACAAUCAAUGAUCAUCUUCCUUCUCUCUUGGAGUUGCAUUUGCCUCAAUGUCAACUUCUAAACCUUCCAUCUUCUCUUCCAUCUCUAAAUCUUACUUCCCUUUUGGUACUUGAUCUUUCCAACAAUGCUUUCAACUCAAGUAUUUUCCCUCGAUGGAUAUUCAAACUUAGUAACCUCCUGCAUCUGGACUUAAACUCCAACAAUAUCUUUAGUGAACUGCCUGAUGAGUUUGCAAAUCUCACUUCCCUUGAAUAUCUUGAUCUAUCUUCCAACUAUGUUACCAAUGGGACACUCAAGAGAAGCUUGGGGAAACUAUGCAAUUUGAAGACUUUGAUCCUCUCCUACAACAGCAUCGCUGGAGACCUUACUGAUUUCAUCAAUGCCUUAUCUGAAUGCCAAAGCAACAACUUGGAGACAUUGGACUUGAGUUACAAUAAAUUGACUGGAAAUCUUCCUGAUACAUUAGGCUACUUAAGGAAGCUAAAAAUUCUUCAACUGAGGUACAACUCACUGACAGGCACAAUACCUGAAACUAUAGGGAACUUAUCUUCAUUGGAGGCACUCUACCUCACAUCCAACAAAAUGAGUGGGAACCUCACCCCUAAUAUCGGGCAGCUCACGUCGUUGGUCUCGUUGGACAUCUCUGAUAAUAUGUGGGACGGUAUUGUCACAGAAGUCCAUUUACUGAAUCUUUCUAACUUGCAAGAAUUUUCAGUUGGCAUGACACAUGGUAAAAAUAUUACCUUGGCAUUCAACAUCAGCCCAAAUUGGACUCCUCCAUUCAAGCUGACAUUCUUGACCAUUCAGUCGUGCCAAUUAGGCCCCAAAUUCCCACAUUGGCUGAAGGAUCAGAAUGAGCUCACCAGCAUAAUAUUCACCACCUCAGGGAUUUCAGAUGCUGUACCGGAUUGGUUUGUAGAGUUGGAUUUGAAGCUUGAUAAUCUAAACAUGGCUGAAAACAGCUUGACAGGGAAAGUUCCCAACAAAUUCCAGUUCAACUUUCUAGCCAAUGUGGAUUUAAGCACCAAUCGCUUCGAGGGACCUCUCCCACUAUGGUCUUCUAAUGUUACAACAUUGUAUCUGAGGGAUAACUUGUUUUCAGGACCUAUUCCUGUCAACAUUUGUGAAGCACUUCUCAAUUUAACUGAUUUGGACAUCUCCAAGAACAAUCUAAAUGGCACCAUACCCUUGUGCGUGGGUGAUAUGCAUCAGUUGACUACUUUAGCCCUUAAUAAUAACCAACUUAUCGGACAGUUUCCUGAUUUUUGGGGUAAGCUAAUAUAUCUUUAUUAUAUAGAUAUGUCAGAGAACCAUCUAUCCGGCCAAAUUCCAGGCUCACUAGGUUCUCUCUCUUAUCUAAUGUUCUUAAGACUCUCAGGCAACAAUCUCUCUGGAGAUUUGCCUUCGAGUUUUAGAAAUUGCACAAGAAUGAUUAGCAUUGAUCUUAGUAAUAAUGAGUUGUCAGGUUUAAUCCCAGCUUGGCUAGGGGAAACAAUGAGAUCACUGUUAAUCCUUAGUGUAGGGAAUAAUAGGUUUUCUGGUCCCAUUCCUUUAAACAUGUGUAGCCUUUCAGGUCUUCACAUACUGGAACUUUCAGAAAACAACUUAUCUGGUUCUAUCCCGUCCUGUUUUGGCAAUUUGGAAGCCUUCAAGGUUGAGCUAACCGAUACAGAAGCUGGACGAUAUCAAGGGACAUUGAAACUUGACGCAAAAGGAAGAAUACUUUAUUAUGAUAAUAUCCUUUACCUAGUAAAUAGCAUCGACCUCUCGAGCAAUAAUUUAUCUGGAGAAAUCCCAGUACAGAUAACAAGUUUAUACAAACUUGGAACCUUGAACUUGUCCAGGAACCAUUUGACAGGAAAAAUACCAACGGAUAUUGGAAAUUUGCGAUGGAUUGAAACCUUAGAUCUUUCAAUAAAUCAACUGUCAGGUCCUAUUCCACCAAGCAUAACUACUUUAGACUUUUUGACACACUUGAACUUGUCUUAUAACGACUUGUCAGGAAGAAUUCCCACUAGCACACAGUUCCAAACCAAAGUUGAUCCAACAAUUUUCCAAGGAAAUGAUGCGCUUUGUGGUCCUCCUUUGAAAAAGUGUUUUGAUGAUGGGACUACAACUUCUCAUAGUGGAGCGGAUGAUGAAGAAGAAACAGAUGAUGAAGAUAAACUUGAGAAAAUAUGGUUCUUUGCUGUUGUUGGUCUGGGAUACUUGGUUGGCUUCUGGGUAUUUUUUGGCACUUUGGUCAUCAAGAAAAUAUGGAGAAUUUCUUAUUUCAGAUUUAUAGAGACAUGCAUUGUGGAGUUAGACGAAUGGUCAUGGAGUUUUCGGCAUAAAAUGUUAGGAUAUUUAACGUGUAGAAAAAAGACCUAGGAGAAUGUUUAAAAAUGUUUGUCAACUUUAGCAAGGUAUUCAAUAAGUGGAGCUCUAGGAGUUUGCCUCUGUCAGUCUGUUAUGUUUGAUGUUUUUAUUUCAGUAUAGCAUGCAUUACCUACUUUUGUAUAUGACAAAGUGUA